UGGUAAGAUUAGAGGCAUCGGUCACAAUACCUAGACCUGUCUAGCAGACCAACAGCAAUUCAUGCUGUUCAUGCAGAAAAUGGAUUCCUUAGUCUCUGUGAGAAAAGGGAAAGAUAGCUAUAGUUUUUCCUCGAUUGUGUUAAUUCUGACAAUACUCGCGGGUGUUGGGACUCAUCAAGUAAAUGGAGAGGAAACCAUUGUCUUUGUGUAUGACAACCUGGCGCCUGGUUGCUGGCCGAGAACCGUAGGGGCAGAAAAUGGACUGUUCGUUAUAGAGCAAGUGACGGAAUUUUCUUUGGAAUGCAUGCCCGGAAUGACCCGUCCGUUUGGAAGUCAAAGUGCAUGGACCUGCAACACCACAGAAGUCUUCCGGAGCCGCCCACUUUACCCCUACAAUGGCAGCUACAUCCCAAAGUCGUGUGUUAAGAUCUUGCUGCCUUUAGUUAUAUACCUGGUUCUGGAGGUUGCCAUAGAGACCGACACAAUGGCGGCGUGUGACGAGACGCUGACGGGCUACAGGACGUCGACCUCGAUCUCUGUGGGUGAUAUGGUCUUCUUGUUGGACGAGAGUUCGCCCGUCGUCGGUUGCCAGGCAACGUUCGACAAGAACGGCGCGUUUUCGAAAAUCAGAACAUCGUUCAUAUUCCGCAUGAACCACCAUCUCAAGUCACCUGAUUUCCCUCGCACAACCCUAAGCAUGGCACAGGCUUUUUUGCGAGAGCAUAUCACGCAAAUGAUUACACGUUUCAUCAGCAAAACGGACUCGAAUAUGACCUACACAUUCGGAGAAGAUCAACCGUUUAGAGUGGGAAAAUGCCCAGAGGGCAGUGGGGUCGAGGUCGAGGAAAAUCACUUCACGGAUCAACUACCCAUUUGCAGGAUGUGUGAGAAGGGGAUGUACUUCGACAAGUUCAAACAUUCCUGCGUACGGUGUGAUGACAGCUACACGCUCCACCCCGGGGCUGUAAGCUGCACACCCUGCCCCGUCGUCACCCCCACCCCCGAGCUGGACACGGACACCCUGACCGGCUGCUACUUGGUUUUUCCAGACAGUGAGACCAAUCGUAUGAUAUCAUUCAGGCGCGGGGCUUUAGCAUUCAUCAUCUUUCACGGGGCUGCCCUCGCUAUCUUUACCUGGAGUGUCAGGAACUACAUCCGAAAUGUCCAGGAGAAGAUCGUCUCCGGUGUUUCUCUCCAUUGAUGCCUGAUUUAAGCCAGCCAAUCAAUACAUCGAUGUUUGAUUUAAAAUUUAAACCAGCCAAUCAAUACAUUGAUGUUUGAUUUAAAAUUUAAACCAGCCAAUUUAUACAUUGAUGUGUUAUUUUAAACUUGAGCCAGUCAUUAGCCAAUCAAUACCAUACCUUUAAUUUUUAAGUUUUUAAAACUUGAGCCAGUCAUUCUAUAGAUUGAAGUUUGAUUAAAACUUGAACUAGUAAAAAAAUACUUGCCCAAACACAUAAAAUUAAUAUAAACAACAAAGGUAUAUGAUGGCAAUAUUUUGUUUGUUUUGAUGUUAACGAAUAUUUUUGUUUGUUACUGCUGUAGACUGUCUCAUAUAGAAAACAUAACCUUUAGUGCGUCUUUUUACUGAGACUAUUUUGUAUUUCAUACCAGUAUUUUGCCUGACAGUAUUUUUGUUUGUUACUGCUGUAGGCUGUCUCAUAUAGAAAACAUAACCUUUAGUGCGUCUUUUCACUGAGACUAUUUUGUAUUUCAUACCAGUAUUUUGCCUGAACCUGGACAGAAACAAUUAAUUUUAAAGAAAUAUCUCUUUGUUUCCUAUUUUUUCAGUUGUG